UGCCUGCAAAUUAGAAACAACUGCACGUUUGACACCGUAUACCAUGGCUUUGUCUCAGUGCUUAGAUGAUUUCCCCGGCCCAGUCCACAGAAUGCACCAGUUUAAGAAUGAGUUUAACCCGCAGGAGCUUUACAAUGAAACGCACAGGCUGGCGCUGGAGGAAUUGAUAUCGGGUGGGAGAGAUGGCUUUUUAGAGUUUUUAAAAAAAGAGAAGAUCCCUAAUUUCCUUUCCGACGAUGAAAUAAGACGGAUAGUCCACUCUGCCGAUGUACCCAAAUGGGUGUCUCUCGCCGGGGACGAGGGGGGCCUGGAACAGUCGAUAACUAGCUCUCUUGACUGCUCCUCCGUCACCUACUUCCCGGAGGUCUCGGACAUAGAACCGCCCCACCUGGAGAUCGGCUGGCCGGCUUUCACGGGCAACUCUUACAGAGGAGUCACCCGGGCUGUGGCUCACUUUCAGCCCAGCUACGGGGAGUGCAUUUACAGCUGCAAGGAAGCGGCGAGGAGAAUGAUCAAAAGUGCGAAAGAGGUCAUUGCCUUGGUAACGGACUCUCUCACAGACUUGGACAUCUUUAAGGACCUCCAGGAGGCCUGUACAAAGCGCAGAGUCCCAGUCUACAUCCUGCUGGACCAGUCCUGCCUCCCCUCCUUCCUACAGAUGUGCAAGAGCCUCAACGUGCGACUCGACGAACUGCAACAAAUGCGGGUGCGGACCAUAACCGGAGUCACUUAUUUCACACGAUCAGGGGUCAAGAUUGUGGGGAAGGUUCACGAGCGGUUCAUGCUGAUUGAUGGAAACAGGGUGGCCACAGGCUCCUACAGGUUUACCUGGACAGAUGGCAGACUGAACAGCAGCAACCUGCUGGAGCUGUCAGGCCAGGUCUCGGAGCACUUUGACGAGGAGUUCCGGAUACUGUACGCUCAGUCCAAGCCGCUCAACCCCAAGGCUCCCGCCAGCUGCCGGAACAGCGGGGUCUAUGACCACCUCGCCACUAAGCUUCCUGCAGCCCGUGAGCUACCACUGGGCAACCUGCUGGGAGUGGAGCCGUGCAGGCUGUCGAGCACGCCCAACAGGGUCAAGCCUGCCAUUGUGCCCCCUGGGGGUGAAGACAGCGAGCGCCCGAAAGACAGCCGAGUGUCUGAAGCUUCCACUAUCGGAGAGGAACCACCCAAGAUGGAAGACUGGCUACAGGAGCCCGAUCCUGUGGAAGAGGGCCAUCCGGCUGAUACUCAGACAGAGGCUGCUAUUGGGGCGCCUGGGCGUACUCAAACAGAGAAGGUUGCCGAGGAACCCACUACAACGUGUCAUGCUUUCACCCAAACCAAUGUCCUGACGGUGGAUUGUGAUGCCCAAACUGAUGUGCUUUCCAAGGAGUCCACUCGGUCAUCAGUGACGUCCUCUACAGCCUCAUCCAGUCAAACCAACAGCCAGGAGAGCUCUGCAGCACCUGUCCCCUUGCCUCAAGCAUCUCCUCCUCACACGACCGAUGCCUUGAAAUGCUCUCCCCCUAAAAACCAGGACUCCUCCCAGUCUCCCGAUGGCUCUCUGAGGGUUUGCUUCCAGAAGCUGAGCAAAGAGCGCCAGUACCACUACUCUACCAUCCGCGCCAAGCUCGACCACAUGGUCUCUCUUCUCUCCCAUCGCCGGCAGCUGGUCGGGCUGACCUUUAACCCUAGUUGCUACAACCGCAGGAAGAUGCAGGAGCACAACCCCCAUGCUUUGAGAUUUCGAGAUGGCGCGCUAAUGCCAUCUCUGACCAUUCCAAAUAGACUCAAAUAAAAACCUGACAUUUGAAGAGCAACUUGGAAUGAGUAUGAAAUAUCAUAUCCAAUAGUAUUGCACAUCGUGUGUUUUUAAAGUUACUGAUCAACUACCAUGAGCUUUAUUUACUGUCCUUUUUACAUUUUGCUAUUCAACCUAAGCAACUGCCACUGAAAUUAGGUAUAAAGCGACCAGCUAAAGAGGAAUGUGGGACAAUAGGUACUGAAUACAAACCUCCUGUCAUUUGCCAUGACAAUCUUAUUUAGAAAUUAAUUUUAAAAGUACUUGGUUAGGGUGAAAAGGUAGAACUAGCAUUACACUGAAUUUAUUUAAAGAAAUGAUAUAGAAUUUUAUGUGCCUUGUCUUUUAUUCUUGGUAAAUGUGUUGUGUGUUUUUUUUUUUUUUUUUUUCUUGAGUAAACAAAAGUAAAAUUUAGCAGUAAUGUGUUUGUGUUUAUUUGGUUGAGAUUUAUGAAAAGCUUCAGUACUUGAAAGUAAAACACUAGUCUAUUUUAAACUUGAAUUCUUUCCUGUGCUUCUAACUGUAUUCAUGUUGUGUGGCUGGGGUAUACGGGUAUGUGUCAGUCAGUCUUUAUUCCAAAAUGUCUGGAAUUUUUUUUGUACUGUGCAAUUCUUGUUCUGACAAGUAAUAAAGUUUACUUGUCACUUUAUCUGUAGCAAUAAUUUUAAAAAAAUAAAAUAAUAAAUUUAACAA